UUUGACGAGAUGAAGCGCGGAUUAGCGGCGACCGAUGGCAUGGCGGCCCCUUUGUGGUAGGAGGAUGAGACUUGCAAACUAUAAAUGAAAGCGACAGUGAAUUUUUUGGACUUUGUUGGUAAAGUAGCGUCGCUGUCGGUACAUGACGUGUGAAAAAACGGUCCGCGAGUAUUAAUACGAACGAUCUUCCUGUGCAAUCGUAGAGUUCAUAGAAUUUUCCCAAAGCACGAUCUUGCUUCAAGACGGUUACGUGAAGGUGAAGAUAUUACUAAUCCCCGAUAACCCCGAGCGUGUCGUCAUUUCUCUCGAUAAACGACUACUAAUCGUAAUCGAUUUCCUUGAUCCAGUGAUCGGCUGAAGUGAUUUACUGUGUGAACGGACAUUUGAAGAAGUUUCCAUCGAAGAUCCCACGAAGAUGUUGUGGCCAAUGCGAAUUCUGUGUAUUCUUGCCAUUGGAUUAUUUUUCCUGGAUUUACUGACAGUCAACGGACAACUCGAAGGUUACACUCCCGGAGAAGAUUAUCCAGCAUAUGACAGAAUACCGAAAGAUCUCUCAUUCUCAUGCCGCGGAAGGAUUCCUGGAUAUUAUGCAGAUAUCGAAACACGCUGCCAAGUCUGGCAUUGGUGUUUGCAUUCCGGUCACGUCUACUCCUUCCUUUGCCCCAAUGGAACCGUAUUCAACCAGGCAGUACGCGUUUGCGAUUGGUGGACCAAUGUGAACUGUCCAGCGGCCGAACAACUUUACCAGAAUAAUGAGGAAUUGUAUAAGGACGCAUCGGGAAAUCCGAUUUGAUAUAAGGCCCGAAUUAGAAACCAAUCCACAGCUAUA